AUGGGAGCUAAUAGUUCAAAAGCGAGGAUUAGCUCACUAGAAGAGAAACAACAAGCACUUAUGAAAAAGAAUGCUGAAUUAGCACAACAUCUGAUUGAACAAGAAGAAGCAAGUAAACGACAACAUGAUGCAACAAUUGAACAAAUGGCUCUAUUGUUCUUAGCACUUGCACAAUCGAAAGAUAAUGAAACAGUUAUACGUGAUGAAAAACGAGACAUUGAAAUUGAAGGUACGACAUAUGAACUUAUUCAAUUUGUUGAUCGAGGUGGUUUUGGUGAAAUUUAUAAAGCAAAAGUUAAAAAUAAAAAUAUGAUGGUUGCUAUUAAAGUUAUGGCAAAUUCACCCGGUCUACAAGAAGAAAUUAAAAAUGAAAUUAAUUUUUUACGUUUAACAAAACGAAUUCCUAUUGAAAAUCAUCCUAUUAUCGAAUUUUAUGGUAGUAAAUUAACGAAAGAAGGUAUUUUUAUUGCAAUGGAAUUAGCUGCUUGUGAUCUUGUUACAUUUUGGAUUAAUAAACUAAAUGAGGGUGACGCUCAAGAACUCAUUAUUAUCGGUAUAAUUAUUAUUAUUUAUGUAUUACGUGCAUUAGCAUUUCUUGAAAAAUUAAGUAUUAUUCAUGGUGAUAUAAAACCACAAAAUCUUGUUAUUGUUCCUAAUGAACAAAAUUUUUGUAUUAAAUUAAUUGAUUUUGGUACAGUCGAAAAAAUGAAUACUUUACGUGCACAACUUACUGUUGAAGCUACUAAAUCUCAUACUCUAUUUUUUGCUUCACCAGAAUUUUUACGACGUGAUUCAAAAAAUCUGAUAUCAAGACGUCUACAUAAAAAAUCCGAUGCAUGGGCAGCUGGUGUUAUGUUUUAUCUUUUAUUUUGUGGUGGAUUACCAUGGAAAGAUCAAUAUGAAUAUGAAAAUUUUUGUAAUGAUCCAAAUGCAGAAGAUGUUGUUGUACCUGAAGAUGGUGGUUAUAAAAUGAUUAUUGAACUUUUAUUAAAGAAGAAUCCUAAUGAACGUUCAAGUGCUAAAGAUACACUUAUGCAAUUAAAAGCACAUCCAGUAUUCGGAAAGAUUGUCGAAUCACUUCAUAAAAAUUUUUGUCCUGUUGAUGAUGUAUGUCAUGUAAAGGUACCCGAAGAUGUUCGACAAGGAUUAAUUAAAAUUGCACGGCCUGGACAUUAUGCUAGUAGAUCAGGUUCAUCAUCUGGCAAAGAUACGACUGGAGCACGUCGUUCAUGUCGAUAUGGUCGAGAUUGUUACAGAAAAGAUCCUGAUCAUCGUGCAGAAUUUGCACAUCCAGGUGAAUCGGAUUACCAAGCAUCAGGAGCCUCUGGUACUGGAAAAAUAAAAUGUGCCUAUGGCGCUAAAUGCUUUCGUACCGAUGCAGAUCAUCGUCAAAAAUAUGCCCAUCCAUCUGAUUCUGAUCAAGGUCAACCCUGUCGCUACGGAGCACAAUGUCACAAUAAUGAUCCCAGUCAUCGUCAACAAUUUACACAUCCGAAUGAUACAAGUCAUGAUAGUCCCGGCAAGCAAAAAUGCCGCUAUAGAGAUGCAUGCACAAAGAGAAACGAUCCAGAUCAUAUGAAAAAGUUUUCACAUAAUUAA